GUCAUUGCAGCAUUCACAUGGUCAUUCGAUGGGAAUGACAGUCAAAGGCGUAAGAGAGAGUAUGAGUCAGCCUUUCUGGGGAUAGCAAUCUGCUGUCAGGACCUUGGAAAGAGAGAGGGGAGGGGCAGAGAAGAGAGGAGGAGUAAGGACUAAUUCUCAAUUCGUGCUGUGCUUACAUCCUGCUACUUCAUCAAUGCUGCAUAUUGUCGAGGGCUGGCUGGCAGUGCUCCCUGCUGCAUUCCACUUGCUGGUCUUUCUUUUCUCCUUUGCUGCAGAGACUUCAGCCUCAUGUGAUUAUCAUUCAGGAAAUUCCUUGGCAAACAUAUUUACUACCAGACUGCCACAAGCUGAAGACAGAGACUCACAGCAAAGGAAGAAAUCUGUACUUCUGCUUUAUAUAAGAAAAUAAACAUUACGAAGUGUCUCCAAUCAUUCUGUAUUAGCGGCUUUGUACUAGAUAUUGAUGAUUGAAUGCCCUUUGGCUCUGCAUGGAUUAGUCUGCAUCAUCAUGGACCUCUCCGCGCUCUCACCUUUAACAACCACCUGCUCUUCAAUGACAGACUUUGCACAACUGCCAUUCCUCUGAAGAAGACAAGUCUUUGUGGUGUGAAACACCUGCUCAUCAGUCACAGCAACAUAUUGUGGGUUUUUUUGGGUUUUUGUGGCAAAUCAUCAACUUUUUUCUUUUGCCCAAUCAUGGGAGGAUGCUUCUCAAAGCCAAAACCAGUUGAAGUCAAAGUUGAAGUGAUAGUCCCUGACAAGGAGAAGGAGAAAGAAAGUUUUUCACCCAAUGGCAAAGUCAGCCCCAUGGCCACAUGCAAGGCCAAUGGGAGCAUGAAGCACAUGGAGGAGCGACCUGUCACUGUUGAUCUCUAUCAAAAUCCAAAGGACAUGGUGGAGGUGGCUGUGUGCCAUGUGAAUGAGCUUCAGAAUGGACAGAUGCGAGAAGUGGAUGUGGCCUGUGGCAAAGCCCUGCUAAUUAAAGAGAGGGGAGAAUAUUGUGCAAUAGGACAUAAGUGUUCCCAUUAUGGAGCGCCUCUGGUAAAAGGUGUUUUAACUAAUGGGAGAGUUCGUUGCCCAUGGCAUGGGGCUUGUUUUAAUGUUGCAACUGGUGAUAUUGAAGAUUUUCCUGGAUUAGAUAGUUUACCAAAGUUUCAGGUCAGAAUUGAGAAGGAGAAAGUAAUGGUGCGAGCAAGUAAACAGGCUCUCCAGUCACAGAAACGGGUGAAAUGGAUGGCCAGGUGUUCGAAUUUGAGUGACAACAGUUUCAGCAACACCGAUGUGCUUAUCAUUGGGGCAGGUCCAGCUGGAUUGGUCUGUGCAGAAACACUGAGGCAGGAAGGCUUCACUGAGCGGAUUGUAAUAUGCACGAUGGAGACACACCUGCCCUAUGACAGGCCUAAACUAAGUAAGUCCCUUGAAUGCCAGGCUGAGCAGAUCGUUCUCCGCUCCAAAGAAUUCUUAUCACAGUAUGACAUUGAAGUGCAAACAGGAAGGGAGGUGGUCUCGGUGGAUGUGAAGAAUAAGGUGGUCCACUUUAAGGGCAGUCUCAAGAUGGAGUACAACAAAUUGCUGAUUGCAACAGGGAGCAGGCCUAAACCACUCCAGUGCCAAGGAGCAGACUUAGAGAAUGUGUAUCAGCUCAGGACACCUGAGGAUGCAAACUGCAUUGCCAAGCUGGCCAACGAUAGGAACGCUGUCAUAGUGGGAGCUUCUUUUAUAGGGAUGGAAGUAGCUGCAUACCUCACUGAUAAAGCCCACUCUGUGUCUGUCAUUGGCAUUGAAAACAUCCCUUUUAGAAAGGUGCUGGGAGAGAAGGUUGGACGAUCCAUAAUGAAAAUGUUUGAGACCAAUCGGGUGAAAUUCUAUCUGCAGAAUGAAGUCUCAGAGCUGCGUGGUCAGGAUGGAAAGGUGAAAGAAGUUGUUCUGAAAAGUGGAAAAAUCCUUCGAGCAGAUGUUUGUGUGGUUGGAAUUGGGGUUGUGCCAGCUACAUUAUUCCUAAAGCAGAGUGGAAUCAAUAUGGAUUCUAAGGGCUUCCUUCCUGUUAACAAGCUCAUGCAGACGAAUGUGCCUGGGGUCUUUGCUGCUGGUGAUAUUGUCACUUUCCCACUGGGCUUUCGCAACAAUAAGAAGGUGAAUGUGGGCCACUGGCAGAUGGCCCAUAUGCAUGGUCGAAUUGCUGCCCUCAACAUACUGGGAAAAGGAAUAGAGAUUAACACGGUGCCCUACUUCUGGACAGCAAUGUUUGGGAAAAGUAUCCGUUAUGCAGGUCAUGGGGAAGGAUUUGAUGAUGUCAUCAUUCAAGGAGACCUGGAUGAGCGGAAGUUUGUGGCGUUCUACACUAAGAAAGCCACUGGGAUGAACAACUGCAUACAGACUUGGAGGAGUGAUGAGGUCAUUGCAGUGUCAAGCAUGAACUAUGACCCUAUUGUGUCCAAAGUAGCGGAGGUCAUGGCAUCUGGGAGGACUAUCAAGAAGAGAGAUGUCGAGAUAUUUAUACAUCGUGGCCGGUAGGUAGUGGAGAGUUUUAUUCUUUUAUGUGACCUCCCAUUCACCCAUUGACUGAAGUAUAGCCCCCUCUGGGAAGAUACAGCCUCUGAUGAAUCAUUUGCUGUUAUCUCAAUUGUUGCACGUUUGUACACAGUUUAUGUGCAUGCAAUCUUUCCCCAGUAAUUUCUUUGUCUCUUAAGUUACAAGUAGUAUCUGUUACAAGGUCAAUGAUAUGAGCCAUUUAGUUAAGACAUUUUGGAGAAAAUAUUUGCCUUAGCUGUCUUGACUGAGUGUUUGUGCUAAUAUCAGUUGUCGAUUGUACUCAAAUUCAUGACAUUUACCUAAAAGUUAGAUCACAUAGUGCAAAUAUUUCAGUUCUAUCUGAUUUUGAAUUGAUGAAAACCAGAGCAAAUUGUGUUAGUGCUAGUUUUUGGACAAAAUCAAAUAUGGAGAGAACAUUUCUGCUCUGCAUUAAACAUUACUGUAUCCAGUGUUUUCAGGUGUGUCUCAUUAAUGACAUUUAAAGUGAAAUUCAAACUUUUAAGUCUUCCCAGGGCCAUUAAACAGAAGUUGUUUGGCAGUCACAGUAACAAGGUACACAGUCUUUUGAGUUUUGUUGCCUUCAGAAGGCAGCUCCAAACUUCACUGGAGACUGCCCAUGAUUCCCAAACUGCACAGACUAUUCUCAAACUGUCAAGCAAGUUUUAGCAAACAACUUGCAUUUCUCCCCUUCAUCUUUCGAGUAAAUGGUUUAUCUUGAAGAAAAUUCUUAUGUUAAUACUUUUUUCCUGUGUAAUUUAUGGCAGCCAUUAUUCAUUUAGCAUCAAGCAGCUCACAAAAUGAAAUAACACAAUAGAUGAGUUUCAUCUAUUGUAACACUACCACCCUCAAAAUAAAGGUCUUGUGCUGGAAGGCAUUGAAGGCCAGUACUUGAAAACCUGUAACCCCCAUACCAGUUGAGCAAAUAUCCUUAGAGCAAUCAAGAUGAUUUGUCUUAUUAAAAUUUUGUUCAGUAUUUUCUUUUCGCAAACCGGCUUCCAGUCCUUGAAUUCUUCAAGUUGGGAGUGAAAAUACAAUCUGGUUAUUGAGUUCUGGCUGACAUUAUAGGUAUUUUAAAAUAUCUUAGGAGCAUGUUGGAAAAUCAAUGAUCCUGGAUUAACACCAGUUUAUUAUAGCAAUAUUUGUUGCAGCAGUCAACGUGUUAGCAAGGAGUAUCCAAAACUCCUGUCCAUAACAGAAUUAUGCCCUUUACAGAAUCAUGCCCACAUCUAUAACUUCUUAACUGAAGGGUGGGGUCUCCAAAAGUGAAACCUCCUUUCAAAAUUGUAUAUUAGUCCUUGCCUGGUUAUUCAUUCAAGUGCCUAGAAUAAGGCUCGAGUCCACGGUGAGCAUAGUACAAUUGAGCCCCGGAUUCAUCAGUUCUUUACAGUAUCUCAGGCAAACCUUUAUUUCCUCCUUAAGUACUUCAGCAUAUACUGCACAGAGGUUCUAGUUGCAUUUAAGAUGAUGAUUAUACAAAGCAAACUCUACAGUGGUGUUUCU